CUGACGUGUAGCGGUUCCCACCGCUCCGCGCAUGCGCAGAAGCAGCAAAAUAGCCGAGGCCGGUGCCGGGAGUUUGACGUGGCACUCCCGUUAGGCUCGUCUGCGUUCUCAGUAGUCGGGUACGCGCGGCGUCAUCUCUACCUUACAGGUUGUUCUUCUUUAUUUGUGGAAUGAAAUACAUCUAACAGGAUGAGCCAACAGGGUUAUGUUGCUACGCCUCCGUACUCUCAGGCGCAGGCGGGAAUGGGGGGAUACCCUAAUGCAUUUGGGGCUUCCCCUCCACAGUCCCAUUAUGGGCAUUAUGGAGCUCCACCACAGUCUUUUCCUCCACAACCAGCAGGUAUGCACAAACCAGCUGGCUCCUCUCCUUCUGGGAUGCCUCCACCACCUGCAUCUAGCCAAUAUGGAUCCCCUAUUCAACAAAAUGGCGCACAUCCACAGAAGUACCCUCCACCUCCAGCAGCCUCUGCAUCUGCCAUGUCUCCCUAUGGACAGCCCCCUCAAAAACCACACCACAGCAUGGCUCCGGCCACUCCUUCAGCCCAACAAGUAACUAAUCAGAUGAAUGCUAUGAACAUUGAUGGAUAUGCUCAAAGGCCCUUGCAUCCUCCCCAGUCUUUAGCAACACCACAGCCUUUCCUAAUGUCUCCACCACCCACAGUGGGACAUCCACCUAUGUCUUCUCCAGGUACUCAACCUCUCUUGAUGGGUACAUGUCCACCAAUGGCAGCUAGCCCACCCAUGAGUGCAACAGGGCUUGCACCAAUGGGAUUGUCUAAUUCACAGCCUCACCCUCCUCCAUUGAGUGGAACUGGAUUUCAACAGCCACCAGGACCUCAAGGUUUUCCUCCUCAGCAACCAGGAUUAUAUGGAGGACAGAUGCCAGGGUCACCCAUGGGAGGACCGCAGCCAGGCGCUUUCCAGGGAGGCUUCCCUGGAGGACCUGCCAACAUGGCAGGACCGCCUCAGAAGAAACUUGAUCCAGACUCCAUACCUAGCACAAUACAAGUGAUUGAAAGUGACCAGGCUAGAAGAGGUGGUCAGGUCUACACUACCAAUCUCAGGGGUCAAGUGCCGCCCCUAGUCACGACUAAGUUCACUGUUCAGGAUCAAGGAAACGCUAGCCCAAGGUUCAUGCGAUGCACUACCUACUCGUUUCCCUGUACCUCUGACCUUGCCAAGCAAUGGCAAGUGCCGCUGGCGGCCAUCAUCAAACCUUUUGCCACAGUGCCCAAAAAUGAAACUCCUCUAUACGUAGUAAAUCAUGGCGAGGCAGGACCCAUACGCUGUAACCGCUGUAAGGCCUACAUGUGCCCCUUUAUGCUCUUCAUCGACGGAGGAAGACGCUUCCAGUGUGGCUUCUGCAAUUGUGUUAAUGAGGUUCCUGUCCAGUAUUUCCAGCACCUGGACCAUAUGGGCAGAAGAGUGGAUGCAUAUGAAAGACCAGAGCUGUCCCUGGGUUCUUAUGAGUUUCUCGCUACGCUGGAUUACUGCAAAAACAAUAAGCCUUCCAGUCCUCCUGCUUAUAUCUUCAUGAUUGAUGUCUCCUACAACAACAUAAAGAGUGGACUUGUCAAACUGAUAUGUGAGGAACUGAAGACGCUGCUGGAACGACUUCCAAAAGAAGAGGGAGCUGAGCACUCAGCCAUUAGAGUGGGCUUUGUCACAUACAACAAGAUUUUGCACUUCUACAAUGUAAACAGUGCACUCGCUCAGCCCCAGAUGAUGGUGGUCUCUGAUGUGGCAGAUAUGUUUUUGCCUCUUCUGGAUGGAUUCCUGGUCAACUUUCAGGAAUCGCGGGCCGUCAUCAACAAUCUGUUGAGCCAGAUCCCUGACAUGUUUGCCGAAACAAAUGAGAGUGAAACUGUUUUCGCUCCAGUUAUUCAAGCUGGAGUGGAAGCACUGAAGGCUGCUGAAUGCAGUGGAAAGCUCUUCAUCUUCCAUUCCUCCCUCCCAACCGCAGAGGCACCUGGAAAGCUGAAGAACAGAGACGACAGGAAGCUGGUGAACACCGAGAAAGAAAAAACUCUUUUUCAGCCACAGCGUGGUAUUUAUGAGCAGCUGACUAAAGAGUGUGUGAGCCAGGGAUGCUGUGUGGACCUCUUCUUGUUCCCUAACCAGUAUGUGGACUUGGCCACUAUGGGUGACAUUCCCACACACACUGGUGGCUCCGUUUACAAAUAUAGCAACUUUCAGGUUCAGACAGAUGGUCAGCAUUUCCUCAGUGAUCUGAGACGAGAUGUGGAGAAGACCAUCGGAUUUGAUGCCAUCAUGCGUGUUCGAACAAAUACAGGUUUCAGAGCCACAGACUUCUUUGGUGCCAUCUAUAUGAACACAACUACAGAUGUGGAGAUGGCUGCAGUGGACUGUGACAAAGCAGUUGCAGUGGAGUUUAAGCAUGACGACACACUCAGUGAGGAGGCUGGGGCACUUAUACAGUGUGCUGUCCUGUACACCUCCAUCAGUGGUCAGAGACGGCUGCGCGUUCACAAUCUCAGUCUGAACUGCAGCUCUCAGCUAGCAGAGCUCUACAAGAGCUGUGAGACUGAUGCACUCAUCAACUUCUUUGCCAAGUCAGCAUACCAUGCUAUUCUAAGCCAGCCAGUGCGGACGGUGAGGGAGAUCCUGGUGAAGCAGACAGCCCAUAUGCUGGCCUGCUAUAGGAAGAACUGUGCUACACCCUCGGCUGCAAGUCAGCUGAUCCUGCCUGAUGCUAUGAAGGUGUUCCCGGUGUACAUGAACAGCCUGAUGAAGACUCCAGUUCUGGUGGGCAGCACUGAGCUCUCUACAGAUGACAGGGCUUUCCAUAGAUUCAACGUCAUGUCCAUGGGAGUGGAGGAGAGCCAGGUCCUGCUAUACCCACAACUCAUUCCAGUGCACUCCAUGGACGUGGCAAGUGAUUUGAUUCCGACAGCAGUGCGCUGCUCUGAGGAGCGUUUGAGUGACACCGGUAUAUUUUUGCUGGAGAACGGCCAGUCUAUGUUCCUGUGGCUGGGCCAGGCCUGCCCUCCUGACCUCAUCCAGAACCUCUUCAAUGUGCCCUCCAUGGCCCACUUCAAUUCAGAUACGACUACAUUGACAGAAUUAGACAACGCUCACUCUAGGAAGCUUCACUCCAUCAUUUGUGCCAUCUCCCAGCAGGGGUGCAAGUCCAUGAAGAUGGUGAUUGUGAAGCAGAAAGACAGAUCAGAGAUGCUCUUCCGCCAGCUCCUUGUGGAAGAUAAAGGCCUGUAUGGAGGAAAUUCAUACUUGGAAUUUUUAUGCUCUGUUCACCGUGAGAUAAGGCAGCUUCUGUCCUAACAUACACGCAGACUCAUAUACAAUCACCAGCCCCUUUAUUAGGAACAUUUAUACACCUGCUCAAUCAUUCGAUUAUCCAGUCAUCCUGUUAUGUACGAUGCAAAUAAUUCGUAAAACGAAAUCAAAACUUGUUUGAGCUGACUGGAAGGCUAUAGUAAUUCAAAUAACUACUUUUAAAAUUGUGAUGAGCAGAAAAAAAUAUUUUAGAACAUACAACACACCAAACCUUGUUGAUGAUGGGCUACAACUGCAGAAGUUCUCAUUAGGCUCCACUUCUGUCAACCAAGAACAGGAAUAUGAGGCUGCAGUGGGCACAGGCUCACUAAAACUGGACAUUUGAAGAUUCACUUCAGGCUGGUGGAUGUGGUGUAAUAGUGUGGGGAAUGUUUUCUUGGCACACGUUAGGCCCUUUAAUAGCAAUUGCUGACCUUGUGCCUCCCUUUAUAGCCAUUAUUUACCUUUCCUAUAAUGGCUACAUCCAGCAUGAUAAUGAGCCAUGUCACAAAGUGCAUUCAUGAAUAUGAACAUGAGUUCAGUGUGCUUCAUUGGCUUCCACAGUCACAAGAUCCGAAUUUAAUAGAUGUGGUGAAACUGGAGAUUCGCAGCGUGAAUGUGCAGCUGAGAUAUCUCAGAAAAUUGUGUUACGCAAUCAUGUCAACAUGGACCAGAGUCUCAGAAGAAUGUUUCCGACAACAACUGGAAUCCAUGCCAAGAAGAAUGGAUGUUGUUUAAAGAGCAAAGGGGACGGGGGUGGGGGUGGGGGGUAUGGGGUUUAGUAAGGAUUUGUAUGGUGUUCCUAAUAAAGUGGUUGGUCUGUGUAUAAACAAAAGGUAUGCAACACAGUACACAUGACGAACUUUUUACUGUUUCCAGAGCUGCCUUUAAAUGACUGUACAACUCCAUCAGGACUUCACAAGUGUUCUUAUUUUCAACUUCACUUAAAAUUUUAGUUGGGGAUUAAGCUUGGCUUGCUUGUAUGUAAUGCUAUGUAUUAAUGUCUCCUAAUAUAUAGAAUAAUUUUUUUCAGAUGACAGAGCAAAGGAAAGAAUUCUCAAAAUGAAAGUGACAUCUUUUAAAAAUGGUUUUAUUAAAAGGGUACCAAAGAAUGAGAAAAAAA